ACUCGGGGCUAGGAGGCGGCAGUCGCAGGGUUCAGCGUCCCAGCCCGAGCUGUGUCGGCCACCAACAUGGGGCAGAUCGAGUGGGCUAUGUGGGCCAACGAGCAGGCGCUGGCGUCCGGCCUGAUCCUCAUCACGGGCGGCAUCGUGGCCACUGCUGGCCAGUUCACCCAGUGGUACUUCGGCGCCUACUCCAUUGCAGCAGGAGUGUUUGUUUGCCUGCUGGGGUACCCCCGGGGGAAGAGGAGGAAGGGCUCCACCAUGGAGAGAUGUGGACAGAACUACAUGACGCAAGUGCUGACCUUAUUCAGGCCCCUCUCCAGGAAUUACUACUUCCGGGCCUUCCUGUACCUGGGGCUAUCGGUACCAGCCGGCUUCCUGCUUGCCACCAUCCUGGGGACAGCCUGCUUGGCCAUAGCAAGUGGCAUCUACCUGCUGGCGGCCACCCGUGGUGAGCAGUGGACUCCCAUCGAGCCCAAGCCCAAGGAGCGGCCGCAGGUGGGGGGUACCAUCAAGCAGCCACCUAGCAACCCCCCACCCCGGCCCCCAGCAGAGGCCCGCAAGAAGCCCGGUGAACAGAAAGAGGAGGCGGCCACAGUGGGGGUCUCCAGCGGCCCCCAGGAAAACCCUGUCCCAGUGACCGAUGAGGUUGUGUGACCCGUGCCUCAAACUGCUCCCCGAGCCGCUGCUGUCUUGGGUAGCUCUUUGAGGGGACACCACCCAGACCCGGAAGUACCCCCUUGCCUGCCUGGCAGAACCACAGGCCCUCUUUGGGGGUCAUUCCCAGAAGCCUGUCAUCUUUCUCCAUGACACCCAAAAUCAUGGAGCAUCUCCUAUUCCAUAAAAUACAGU